UAAUAUUAUGUUACAGCUUAUAAUGGCGACCUCUGGAGAAGGCAGCCACCCCAGUGGCACAGCAACACCCAGACCACUGGCACAGCUGCAGGAGCUCGAACCGCGGGUAGCCCGCAGACGCCUGUCCCAGGCCCGCCAUAGGGCCACCCUGGCAGGGCUCUUCACCAACCUAAGGAAGACUGUUUACUCCCAGUCUGAGCUCACAGCCUCGAAGUGGCAGGUUCUGAAUAAGGCGAAGAAUCACAUUCAGGAACUGGAACAAACUCUGGACAACUUGCUGAAACUGAAAGAAUCCUUCAAUCUGGAGGAUGGGAAUGCAAGCAGCUUAGAGGAAGUCAAGGAAGAAUAUGCCAGAAUGUUCUCUGGAAAUGACAGUCUGGUCUCAAAUAGUUUUCCUCAGAAUGGCUCCUCCACCUGGUGCCCAGUUGAAUCAGUCAGAAAGGAUGCUGAGGAAGAAGAAAAUGAAGAAGAGGAAGAGGAAGACCAAGAAGAGGAGGAAGAAGAGGAAGAAGAGGAAGAAGAGGAAGAGGAGAAAAAAAUUGAUCUCUUACAUUCCUCUGACGCUAUGUCUCCAGACCUCCUGGAAUUUGAACGGUAUCUCAACUUUUACAAGCAGACGAUGGACCUCCUGACAGGGAACGGCAUCGUCUCCUCGCAGGAGGUGACGCUCCCCAUCGUCUCCGCGGCCAUCUCCCACCUGUGGCAGACGCUCUCCGAGGAGAGGAAGGCCAUCCUCCUGCAGACCUGGGCGCAGAAGCACGGCGGCCUCCCAGACCUCCCGGUGGCCUGCCAGGAGCCCGUGGGUGCCGAGGGCAGUGUGAAGGACAGCGGAGUAGACAGCCAGGGGGCCAGCUGCUCGCUCGUCUCCACCCCGGAGGAGAUCCUCUUUGAAGACGCCUUUGAUGUGGCAAGCUUCCUGGACAAAAGUGAGGCUCCCAGUACCUCCAGCCCUAGUUCAUUGUUUGCCAUCUGCAACCCAGAAAACCCAGAGGGGAAGUUUCAGCUCUAUAUGCAGAUCAUUGACUUUUUUAAAGGCCUUUGCUGCAUUAACACUCAGUUAAAACAGGAACCAGACCUUCCCACUGACGAUGAGAUGAUAAUGUUGAGGUGCCUAGAGACCUUUGACGAUGAAGAUUUGUAAUGCAGAAGGAUUGGAAGGGGAGAGGACUGACGGAGUGUGGGAGUUUCUGAGUUUGAAUGUUAGCAGAUCUGGUGAUACCUGCCUUGGACUUCCAGGGCUCUUUGGAGGGCACUGUCCCAGAAUCGUUCUGAUGGUUUUAGUUUCUGAUUAGUAUAAAGUACAAGAUAAGCAAGGCCUUGUGUUGGUCUUUCAGGGUGUUUGGUAUAAGGGGCUAGUCUUCUCCAGGACAAUCCUCUCUGUCCCUACUCAGGAGGUGCCAGGUCAGGAGAGGCCAGUCCUUGGGCCUUUCAAGAAGAAAAUAGGCAAGAUCUGCCCCUAGGGGUGGCAUAGCACCAGGCCCUGGACUCAGGGCAUUGCUCUGAUGGGUUCUGGAAUUCUGGAGCCCACCUACUCAUCCUGCAUGUUCUGGAAACCCAGUAACAGUGCACACUUCAAUCUCAAUCCUGUACUGUACAACAUCAGGUAGACCCAGAUACAUCUGCUUUUUCAAGUAUGUAUACCUGAAUGGGUGCUGUAGUGAAAUUCCAGAGUUCUGAAAACUUUCUAGUGAAGGUCCUGGGCAGAGGAUAUAUAAACAUCCCUGGGCUUAUACACUUAGGAUAAGAAAGAAUUUUGUGUCAAAUUGAUUAGGCCAUGGUACCCAGACAUAUGGUCAACCAUUAUUUUAGAUGUUUCUAUGAAGGUAUUUUUGAUUUGCUUUGUUUUUUAAUUUUUAAAAUUUAUUCUAAUUUGUUAUAUAUGACAGAAGAAUGCAUUUCA